CUGCAGCCCGCUGGUCUGUGUCUGGAUCCCGCUCUCGCACAGAGCUGCUAAAGACCCUCCUACUGGCUGGGCUGGAGAAAGGAGGAGGAAGUCUGCUCUGCUCGCAGCCUCGGUCGAGCCCCCUUUACCGACCUGUCAGUGUGGAGGAGAAGGAGAGAGAGAGAGAGAGAGAGAGAGACUGAGUGAUAGAGAAAGCGCACACGAGAGUAAGAGAGAGAGAAACUGUGUGACAGAGGGAAAGAGAACGAGGCAGGCUGCUUACAGGAGUGAGAGAGCCAAGGACGAAAUAAGGAACACGUUUUACAAGUGCAGGAAGAGGGAGGAUCGCAGACGAGGGACUCGUUCUCUACUGGGCACCUGGGACACAGUCACUGUGUGUUUUUUUUUCCCCCCACUCGUCUUCUAUCUGGAACCCGGUGGAUUGACUUACCAACCGGUGGAUUUUGUAAUAGACGCUUGUGUCACAUCAUUUAGAAACUGGGGUAAUUUCUCUGUGUUCUCUUCCCUCCAGCUGGCUCAACCGCUACAGACUGAGAUUGCUUUCUGUGUCUGUGCUCUCGUGUUGUGAUUCUGCUCCGUGCACAAAGUGCAUCUGUCGGCAACCGGUGCUGAGGAUAUCUACCCUCUGUCAAACAGGACAGCACGCAGCCACCGUCGGAUCAGACUACAGAGGAGAGAGAGAGAGAGAGAGAGAGAGAGAGAGAGACAGUGUGUGUUUGUAAGAGAGGGACACAGAGAGAGAGAGAGAGAGAGAGAGGGGCAGUGAGAGAGAGUCAGAUUCACAGUGUGUCUGAGAGAGAGGCAGAUUAAAGCCCACGCGAAAGACUGGAGUGAAACAGCUCAAAUAGAGAAGUGAACCUAUACGUCCUCUCCCGUUUUCCUUGCCAUCCCUUUCCUCCUCCUGUCCUCCUCUUCUUCCUUCUCCCAUUUUCCAACAUUCACAGGACUGCCAGAGCUACUGCCACCUGCACCUCUUCACGUCUUCACUUUCCUCUUCUUCCUCACCGUUACCGCUCGAUACUAUCCGCUACCAGUCACUGACGGACACAGUGCUUUUGGUUCUAGCUCUCGUGGAAAUAUUUCCAUUGAUCCAGCAGUGAGAGACUGAGUGAGCAUCCACCCGAUACUGAGGCUCUGGACCAGUUCGUCAGGAGCUUCCCCAUCAGAAGCAGACCUUCUCCCAGCUGCUGUCCGGCACGCAGAGCCUGUCUUCUCCCUGAAGAACUGGCUAGCGACACAGUGGUGCGGACAGCAAAGACAGGAAUCGCACAGCCCAUCCGCUGCCUCUAUUCCAUUGCUAGCUACUUGGCAGCUUCCGCCCCUGUGUCACCAUUCCCUGCCUCAGUGCUAAGGAUUCCAGCUACAUGGGCAAGCGAUUGGAGCAGCAGCCAAUGUACCCUCAGUACACCUACUACUACCCCCACUAUCUCCAGACCAAGCAGCCCUAUGCUCCACCCCCUCAUCCCAUGGCUCCUCCCAGCCCUAGCACCAACAGCUGCAGCCAGGGAGGGGCAGAGCAGCUGAGUAAGACCAACCUGUAUAUCCGAGGCCUGCCACCUGGGACCACCGACCAGGACCUCAUCAAACUCUGCCAACCGUAUGGAAAAAUAGUGUCAACCAAGGCCAUUCUGGAUAAGAACACCAACCAGUGCAAAGGCUAUGGCUUUGUGGAUUUUGACAGCCCAGCUGCAGCACAGAAGGCCGUGUCGUCUCUCAAAGCCACCGGGGUGCAGGCCCAAAUGGCCAAGGCCCUGCAGCAACAGGAGCAGGACCCCACCAACCUGUACAUCUCCAACCUGCCGGUGUCUAUGGAUGAGCAGGAGCUGGAAAACAUGUUGAAGCCCCUGGGCCACGUCAUCUCCACGAGGAUACUGAGGGAUGCCAACGGGGUCAGCAGAGGAGUUGGCUUCGCCAGGAUGGAGUCGACAGAGAAAUGUGAAGUAGUGAUACAGCAUUUCAAUGGAAAAUACCUGAAAACCCCGCCAGGCAUUCCAGCCCCCACGGAGCCUUUGCUGUGCAAAUUUGCCGACGGAGGGCAGAAGAAACGCCAGAGCCAGAGCAAGUACCCUCAGAACGGGAGGCCGUGGCACAGAGAAGGCGAGACUGGCAUGGCGUUAACAUAUGAUCCCGCUGCAAUGCAGAAUGGGUUCUACUCCUCGCCUUACAGCAUCGCUACCAACCGCAUGAUUGCACAGACCUCCAUCACGCCCUUCAUCGCUGCUUCCCCCGUUUCCACAUAUCAGGUCCAGAGUACGUCAUGGAUGCCUCAUCAACAAUAUGUUAUGCAACCUACAGGUGCAGUGAUCACGCCAGCCAUGGACCACACUAUGUCCAUGCAGCCUGCCAGCAUGAUGGGCCCUCUCGCCCAGCAGAUGAACCAUCUGUCCCUGGGCACUACAGGAAGUUAUAUGACUGCUGCAGCUGCCGCGGCGCCUAUGCAAGGGACCUACAUUCCCCAGUACACUCCUGUGCCUCCAACAGCCGUCCCUGUCGAGGGAGUGGUGACGGACGGCUCCCCCCAGACAGUGGCUCCCUCGUCACAGGAGGUGGCUGGCCAGCAGCAACAGAUCCAGGUGGACAGUGCUGGCGAACAUGUUCCUACAUACUCAUACCAGUCCAAAUAGCAACGGCCUGAGCAAAUGUUCCUGUGACAGCAUUGCCUUGAGACAGAAGGUGGCUGCACUGUGAGUGUGAGGAAAAGAAAAAAAAAAGAAAGAGAUUGCUUCCAGAUUGCCCAGGCACCAAAAAAGAGACACUUUUUUCAUUUCCUACCUGGCCUAUGAGAAAAAAAGAAAAAGAAAAAAGCAGCAAGAAGGAGGCAAAGAGUGCUGAGGAAGGGGAUGAGAAAAUUGCUGGGCACAGUGCAAAGAAGUGAAAUUGUUUAGUCUGGGAACCUGCCUGAAGGGCUGGGCUGAAUCUUGAAAAGUUUCUCAAAGAAAAUUCUCAACCAAUUAAAAAAAAGAAGAAAAAAAAUAGUAAGAAAAAAUGACAAAAAAAAAAGGUUGAAUGUGCAGGUAGGUGAUGAAGUUUAUUUUGUAAUUAGAAAAGGGGAGUCAAGUUUGAGAUACACACAGAUUGUCUUCCUCAGAUAUUAAGCUACAAUUUCUUUUCACUCUUUUUUAUGUUCUAGUGUUAAAUUUUAGUUUUCUAGAUAUAUUCAAAAACAAAGUGUUUUUUCUUUCUUGAAUCUUCAUGGCCUUAAUUUGAAGGGCGUCGGAAACUUUUUACAGAGUUAAAGUCUGACGUCUGGUUAGGGUGGGGGGGGGAAGCAAAUGAAAUCAGUCUCUUGGACCACUUGGAGGGUACAAGACACUGGAUGAGUUGUUCUAAAGAGGAAAAAAAAGAAUCUAUCACAUAAGCUGUACAGAUUUAAUAGAGAAGAGCUUUUUUUCUUUUCUUCAUUAGAAGAAAACUUUGAUAAUUAUUAUGUCAGAGGUAACUAAGUGUCAGAAGAAAAUAAAAUAUCUGUUUGGGGAAAAGACUUGGGGGUGGGGGGGGAGAAGAAGCUUUGAAGAGAUUUUUCACAAUGAGAAAAAAAAUGAAAACAUAUGAAAAACAUGCUGCAUUGUGGAUGCAGUCUGUUGCAAAUGCUGAACUUGUUUUUUAUUAUCAUAAUUAUUAUUUUACAUGGCAAAGUUGCUGUCAAUGACAUUAGUGCUUUUUAUCUGCCACAUUUUACCUUUUUUAUGAGCUUUAAGAUGUUUUUAGCCCGCUUUGCUUGUCACACUGCAAAAAGAAAAAAAAGGAAGAAGAAAAAAAUUAUAAAAUUAACAAAAAAACAAAACAAAAAAAAUUUAAUUUCUGGCAGUGAAACAAAAACAGUAGAUUCAGUAGGAGCUAACGGUUUCAACCAAUCAGUGCAAAAGCAAUAGAAGAAAUUGUUGACAAUUUCUGUAGUCUUUCCUAGUUGUGGAUCAAAUGCAGCCCAUGGAUGGCCAUUUUUAUACCAAAGAUGAAGAGACACUCUGAACCAGAGUUUUUUUUUUUGGGUUUUUUUUUUCCUUUUCAUUUUUCAGUUGGAUUUUGUUGUUGUUGAUGUUGUUGUUGAUGAUGAUGUUAAUGUUGAUAUUGUUGUUGUUGUUGAUGUUGCUGUUGUCGUUGUUUUUUAUUUGACGUUGAUGGUCGGACCAGUCCUUACUAUCCUUAACAUCUUCUUUUUUCUCCGGUUUUAAGCUAGUUUUCCACGGUUGUCCAAGCCGUCACACACACACACACACACACACACACACACACAAAAACACACACACAUACAUCUAAACAUACACACACUUAUUGUACAAACUCAAACACACAUAUCAAACAGUAUUUAAAGUGUAAUUCAACCAGUGGCAGUCCUACCAAAAGUCCUUUUUCUUCACCUCCUCUUCUCGUCUUUUUGUUACUUUCAAUGUCUCAUCACUUUUACGAUGCUUUCACACACUGUGGGUGCAUUUCACCUCUCUUUCUCUCUCUCUCUCUCUCUCUUUCUCUCUCUCUCUCUCUCUCUUUCUCUUUCUUUCUCUAUCAGAUCCUGCAGGGAAAACUUUAGGAAACAGAUUGGGGAAUGUUGCUUGCUACGCUCCGUGGUUGACGACACAUUGCUUCUAGCUUUGUCCCCUUCGUGAUUUCUGUCCUCAGUCUCGUUAUCGCUUUAAUUCAAUCAUAUUUAACUCAACCAUUCCUCAUCAUACUGAGCUUCAGUGUUGAACUGGGAACUGCUGCUCUUUGACCUUCUGUUAAUCUCUUUCAUGUAUCACCAAACUUAGGUCACGUUUUUGAGUAUUUACCUGCCCAGAAUACCAGAUGAGUGGUGUUUGCUGCAUAUUGAACACCAGGUAAGUCACAGAUCAAAUCUGAGUUUAAAGUCUUUAGCAAUGAUUGCAUAUACUUUGGCACUUAGUGGCUCUGACUUAAUCUAUUUGGCAGCCAAAACACAUCAAAACAACAUCGAAGAAGUAAUAGAAAUGGUUAAAAGAAUAAUUUGACAUUUUUCUAAAAUAUGCUUGAUUGCUUUCUUCGAGUAAGAUGAGAAGAUCGAUUUCACUCUCUCAUCUGUACGGUAAAUAUGACGCUACCGCCAGCAGCUGGUUAGCUUAGCUGAGCACAAAGACUGGAAACAGCCAGCCUGGCUCGACUGUCCGAAGGUAACAAAAUCAACGUACCAGCAACUCUAAAGCUCACCGAGUAAUACGUUAUAUCUCUUUUGUUUAAUCCGUACAAAAAUAACUAAAUGUAAAAACGACAUCUUGUGGUUUUACAAGGGGGUCAUGUGCCAGACUAUUAUUUGGCCAGGUGCAAUAAUUUACUGGAGUCUUGUCAUUACCUUGAGCUUGACACUCAACCAGCACAGACUCCAGGAAGUUGCUGUGAAGAAAUGUUGCACCAUUCCUUUACAAACACAUCUGAACAGAAGCAAGACCUAUUAGUAUUGAAAGACUACCAUCACUCUGUGACACUAACAAGGCGUAGAAGAAGUGUGUUUAAAGGCUAGAAAAGGACUGUGUGUCUUGAACAUCCCCCUGAUCAUUUGCCCAACACAAGCAGGGGAGGUCAGCACACCUGUGGGAACUAACUAACUCCUUACCAGCCGUAACAAGAUGUUGAUGGCAGCUACUUCCGCGGCCCCACCACUGAGUGUCAGUUACACCUUGUCCCAAUUUGUUGCACAAACAACCCCGUCAUAUCUUAUCUGGUCUUUCCAUCCCACAGCUGUGUGAGGUUUUCAAUGAUUUCAUCUCUGAGGAUUGUACCCUGAAGAAAUUGCCUGUGGGACAGCGGCCAUUUCUGCCCCCAUUACAGGAGCCUUUUGUGUGCCAGGAGCGCUGUGUGUCCGCUCUGUUGGCCCAUGCCCAGCCGCUCUGCCCCACUGUGGGGCUACAGCACUAAAAAGACCCUGUUUUUUCCCUGCUUCACUGGCACCAUUAAUGUGCCAUGGCCAAGCCAGGCUCCUUUUGCUCUCAUUUUCCUUCAUUCUCCCUCUUUUCCUUCCUCUCAUGCCCUCUCUCUGAGGUUUCUUCUCUUUAUUGGAUGGUGCAGAAGCAGAACCACAAACCAAUUUCAGUCACUCUCGCAAUGAGGCUUGACGGGCCCAAUUUGUCUCCCUCCGGGGCAAUAGGAUCCACCCCAGUGUCCCUCAAAAGACCCCUUUCUUCCUGACAGAGAAAGGGGUUUGUUUGGCGACAAUUGCAAUUGAGCUCUUGCAGUUCAUGUGACUCAUUCAUGAUGGCGUGUUGUGAACAUUACAGGCUAGCUACGUCAUCAUGGCGACGUUUGUAACCAACAAUCAAAUUGUACAUUGAGUGCCUUUUAACUAAGCUUCCAAAUGAUUCCAAAUUAUCUUUGUGAUAGUUAAAAAAAAAAUAAUAAAUAAGCAAAGCACAUGGAAAAGCUUGUUUGAUUUAGUUGUGCUAAAGAAAUGCUGCACAAUAUCGAAGCUACUCUAUGGUGCUAAAGAGGAAGCAGUCUCGGGCUUGUGCUUUCAAUGUGUUCACUGAUCUCUGUGACGAACCGGCCACUGUUGAUCACUUGGCCAUCGAGUCACUCUUAACAGGCCACCUGUUCACUUGAUGACACACAAAAGAAACAGGCACACAGGCUCUAAUUCUGAAGUGAACUAUUAAAGCCAUACAUACGUUUUCUUUUUCCUCAGCCAGUGUUAAUACCUGCUGUACAUUCUUAUCUUCCAUCCACCAAUGGAGGUCAAAAGCUAAAUGUCUUCAAACUCUCUCAAUGACCGUUAAGCUGUUUAUUGUCCAAUCAAAUCAACACCUGCCCUCUUCCUUUCAUCUGAUCUACAUCUGCUCGUACUUGCCUCGAGGCUACGAUUUGCUCUUAUCUCCCAAUGAACAAGUCUUUGCCACAUUACAGUCUUAAACGGCUAACAACUGACAAAUGUUGGGUUUUAGAGCCUCCCGGACUUUCCCACAUCGCUAUUCUCUUCGACAUUGUUGCAUUAAUUCACUGUGUUCCAUUUUUGAGUCAUUUGAAGUGUGAACAGAGCUGCUAAACUAUAACUAAAACCAGUUUUAAGCUUGUGUGUGUGUGUGUGUGUGUGUGUGUGUGUGUGUGUGUGUGUGUGUGUGUGUGUGUGUGUGUGUGUGUGUGUGUCUCAGUGUGCGUUUCUGAAGAGUUCUUCUACUCAACAGUUUAACUAAUAGCGAGGUUACGAAUUCAACAUAGCUAUUACCAAGUUCUCAAGACUUUAACAGUUGCUGUUUUAUACAGUACAGAAUACAUUUUUGAAACUUAAUAGGACUCAUAAUGCAGGAGUUGCACAUCGGAGAGCAGAGCGUCCCACAAAUGGCCUGAGAUUCAAUAGUAAUGGCAUUAUGGGAAAAAGGAUUACAAAUAGCCAAAAGAUUAUGGAAGAAAUGCACAACAAAGAAUAUCAGCUCUAUUUUGCUAAUGGAGAUUCAAGAAAGAAAAAGAUGUUAAGGCAGGUGCUUUUGGUGUACGGUACCAAUAUUUCACAGAGAUCUGAAAGAUUACCCAACUGAACAAACAGAAAUGGCUUUUUCUUAAUAGCACAAUGACAUAAUGUACUUUUUCAGAAUACCAAUACCUUUGUGGAAGUGUACAGAAGGCAUGCCUGUAAUUUGAAGGAGGCUGUAGCAGAAAUGCUCUGCUCCCAGUCAGCCCAUAUGUCAGCACAAACCAGGAGCCAGCUAUACCAAGAGAGAAUGUGUAUGUGUGUGAGAAAGAAAGAAAGAGAGGGGGGGAUCAUUAGCUCCUGUUGCUGGGCAGAAGUGGUCAUAGCAUUGAGUUUCUCUGUCUUCAUGCAGCAGCAUGUCCGCUGUACAGGACUCCAGGAGGUGACCAGCUCGACCCCUCGCUAAUUAGCAACACCCUUCCUUUCCUACGCCAUCACACCGAGACAGACUCUUUCUCCCAUUUUCUGCACAGUCGAUCAUUAUUUUUUCAUCUCUUCCCUCCUUAAGUUUUGUAUUUAACAUACCUUACCACCACUUUCAAUCCAUCCAUUUGCAACAUUCCCUUCCUUCCUGUUCUUUAUCCCCACAUUAGCAUCCUUUUCGUACUCCAAUCUGCUGCUGUCUCAUCGUCUUAGGAUCUUUCCUACUUCCAAAUUGACUAGAGAUCCAGGGUCCUGUUUUAACAAAUUUGCAAAGUGCAAGCUGCGAUUGGCAACAUGACAUCAUGUCCUCUUGUGUUCAUUUUGACACGUUUCACUAAUCAAAACAAACGCCACUCUUGUGACCCAUGCAUGAACAUGCAAGAGCCCUCUAGGACCUGCAAAAUGUGUGAAACAUGGUGCUGCCGUCAUUUGCAAUCUGUGUCCAAGCACUGCUCGCAAAUAACUUUUGGGAAACUGACUCAUGGAUUUUAGGCCAAGAUGCCACCAUUGCAUAUAUUAUUUUCUAUUAGCAGGGACAGCAGGUUGGAGCUGUAAUGUCCUUGUUGUCAUUCAUAAACCUGGGCCCUACAGGCAGGCGCGUAGGCAGUAAUGGGCCAGGGCGGCACUGGCCCGCCCACUUUACUCACUGGCCCGUCCAGCCAAGUUUGAUCAAAAUACAUUUUGUUAUGAAAAAUAUUCAAAUGUAUGCAAAAAAAAGAAAUAAUAACAGAACUAGCUAGUUGUGUGUGUUUAUUGUGUAUUUUCUUCUGAUUAAAACAAAACUGUUUAAACCAUACAAUCAAACAAUUAGAUCAAACCCCUUCGGAACGUAGGUGGUUGCUAUGGUAACAACAGCCAGACUCUCCGGGCUGCCUUCAGCAGCUAACGUUAGCUAGCUGGCUUUUUAGACAAUGUACCAUGGAUGUGUUAAGCAAUGUACUGUUAAAAGUUACCGCGACAACAAUGGCUUCUCUUUACAGUGGUAUGGACAGUUUUCUUGGAUGGAAUACAGUGAAAAUAAGGACGAGCUUUUCAGCAGCAUGUGCAGACAUUUCCCCAGCAGAGCUGACAGCCCAUCAGCCAGAUAGGAGGCCCUCACAGAGGUAGCGUUAAGUAAAACGUCUUCAUGCUUCUUGUGUUAUUAAUUACGUAACCUAACCUAGUGACCUUCCUAUUUAGUAAGAAAUGGUGAACACUGAUGAUGGCUUCUAGCUGAAACACGUUUGUGUUUUGCCCACAUUAAAUAAGAAGAUAACUUAUCUGUGAGUGACGUAGUUUUUAAGUUUUCUUUGAUCCUGUCACUGCUGUGGACUCAAUACACUGUCUAAGAUUUGGCACCUUGCUGGCCACUUUUCAUUAUAUCUUUCAUAAUUCAAACAGUGCUUGGCUGAAAGUUUUCAUUCUUUGAUUUUCUUUUAAGCUGGUAGCCAUUUGCUGCUCAUGAUCAGACCAUAUAUUCAAUUCAAAUUCAAAUUCAAAACAAUAUAGUCCUGAAGCAACAAUGCUGUUGCAUUGUUACAUGUGCGAUUUCUGUCUGAUGUAGGCUAUUCUAUGUCAUGCAGUAUGUAAAUGCCUUCUCUGCUGUGUGGGUUCAUGUUUAGUUGCCACUUUGUGCAAUAAAAUGGUUAAUUUUAUAACAGUGCUGUGCUGAGCCAAUGCUGCUGGUUCUGCCGGUGCAAAUAUAUUUUAGCCUGAAUAGGUUAAAACCGACAGGCUUUUUAUCUGUAUUGUUGUGUACAAACUUUUUAGACUGAGCUUUGUUGGUUGAGCAUGUUGUAGACAGUACUGUUAUUACCGUUGUAAUGCAGUAUGUUGGAAGGUAAAAUCGUUGCUGUUUUUUCAGUUUGUCCUUUUUGCUACUUCGCUUUUGAACAUGGCCCACUCACUUUUGUACUGGCCCGCCCAAAAUACUAUUUCUGCCUAUGCCACUGCCUACAGGUGCUCUAACAGUUUGCCUGCUUAAGUGUCAGGAUGAUAUUAUUUGCUUCCAUGGAUGAAACAAAGUUUAUGCAAUCAUAUAUUAAGUGUUACAGAAUUGUAAGAUUACCUAUUUAUCUUACAAUAUCUGAAUUGCCACAAUGCAGUACAUCUCACUCAUCUGGUGUCUGGAGGAAGUGCAAUCAGAUGCUCAGAAUUGCUUUCCACCUUCUAUUUGAUACAGAAAGAAGGAAAAAUACUGUACACUUAGAGCCAAUAGAUAAUUUCUCUCUCAGUCACUCUUUAUAAGGUAAAUAUGAUCUUUUGUGAGCUUACCUUCUCUGAAAUACCUGAUAAAUACAGAUCUUGAGACUUUGCGUACAUCCUGGUCUUCUCCUGUGUCAGUUUUAUUGAGGCAAAGUACUUAUUACUUCACUGUAUUAAAAAGAAAAAGAAAAAAAGUUUCUCACAAUUGCCGCCGUCAUCCUUAAAUCUGACGAGAUCCAGAAAGUAAUUUAUGUAGUGUGGCUUCCACACUGUCACAGGAGUAAACUCAUUAGGUGUAUUACAUGUCAUACUUAGUUUGAGAGGUUCCUUGUGAACGGAGUUGUAGCCAUUCCACAUUGAUUCUCGGGUGUUAGGAAAACAGUAGUUUAGAGUUACUCUCACAGCUGGUCUCCCACAGAGUGUAAAGGAGAAAGAGGGCUCAAUAACUCAUCACAGACCAGCACAUACACACACUCACUCAUACCCUCCACACACAUAAUUGAGUGGGAAAAUUGCUCAAACUGCCCCCCUACAAGAGCGAGGGCCCUGUGUUUUUUAAUUGAUGCUCCGGUCCACCUUUGAUGAGAGCUAUCGAUUGGCCACACAACCCCAGGAGCGCAGCCAGCCAGCACAGCCCUUCUGAGAAAUACAAAAUUCAACAAUCACUAGGAAAUGGCCGACCAAAUUGUUUAGAGAUAGCCAGCACAGAAAGUGCAUGGGAUUAAUUUACCAGAUAAAAAGAGGAACUAUUUAUUAGGACAGCAGAGCGGUUUUUAGUUUGAUUUUGUUAGUUUUCUCGUUUUUGUUUGUUUUUCACUUUUAUUUGUUUCAGCGUAGAGGAGGACAUGGUCACGCCUCGCACACGCUGCUCAGUGUGUGUGAUCUUUGAGAAACUAUCUAUACAUCUGUGGAUGUUAGGAUUUGACUUGGGUUUUAUGAGUUGUUUUUUUCUCUCUGAUGAAGCUUUCAAUAAAAAAAAAUGUGGAAAAAUA